UGCAGGGGCAAACAAUACUGAACACGUGAUAUCCUUCAUAUAAAAGACAGCGAUUUCACCAAAACACUUAACUUGUCUGCAAGAAACCAACCUACAUCAUGAAAGCCUUCUUUGUUUUCGCUGUUGUUAUUGUAGCAGUUGCUGCUGAGACCUGCAGAGAAACCAGAGACUGUCAUUCCAGCAUAACAACGUGUGCCUCAGGAUCAGAGCUUCACUGUGUCAACCACCAGUGCACGUGCACAACUGCCGGAUCUGGCUCUGGGAGCUGUACCAGCGCUGAUCAAUGCACCGGUAGAUGUGACCCCGGACGUCAACACCACUGUAUUGACGGUCGUUGCCGAUGUACUCACUUUUAGAAUAAUAAAGCUCAUUUAGAUAUUUGA